AUGUCGGCAAUAAGAAGGAAAUUUGGUGAAGACUAUCAGGUUGUAAACACGAACCGGGGCAUAACUUUCUCUGCGCCUACCAAAAGAAAGCGCCAGAGGUUUGUGGAGAAAAACGGACGCUGCAAUGUCCAGCAUGGUAACCUUGGCGGGGAGACCAGCAGAUACAUCUCCGACCUAUUCACCACGCUAGUUGAUUUGAAGUGGCGUUGGAAUCUACUAAUAUUUCUUUUGACCUAUACAGUGGCAUGGCUUAUAAUGGCUUCAAUGUGGUGGAUAAUUGCCUAUAUCCGCGGAGACCUCAACCAUGGACACGACGAGUCCUACACUCCAUGUGUCGCCAACGUUUAUAACUUUCCGUCGGCUUUUCUGUUUUUCAUUGAGACCGAGGCAACUAUCGGUUAUGGGUACCGAUACAUUACUGAGAAGUGCCCAGAGGGCAUUAUCCUGUUUCUUUUCCAGUCUCUUUUGGGCUCCAUCGUGGACGCAUUCCUUAUUGGCUGUAUGUUCAUCAAGAUGUCCCAGCCGAAGAAGCGAGCUGAGACACUAAUGUUCAGCCAAGAUGCAGUCAUCUCUCAGCGGGACGGGAAGCUGUGCCUCAUGUUCAGAGUUGGAAAUCUGAGGAAUAGCCACAUGGUGUCUGCACAGAUCAGAUGCAAACUCAUAAAGUCUCGUCAGACACCUGAGGGUGAGUUUUUGCCACUAGACCAGCGGGAGUUGGACGUGGGCUUUGGAACAGGUGCAGAUCAGCUCUUCCUGGUCUCACCUCUCACUAUUUGCCAUGAGAUCAAUCCAAAGAGCCCUUUCUUUGACCUGUCUCAACGUUCCCUCAUGAGCGAGCAGUUUGAAAUUGUCGUCAUCUUGGAAGGCAUUGUCGAAACCACAGGUAUGACCUGUCAGGCUCGCACCUCUUACACCGAGGACGAGGUUCUGUGGGGUCACCGCUUCCUACCCGUCAUGUCACUCGAGGAAGGCUUUUUCCGGGUUGAUUACUCCCAGUUCCACAACACGUUUGAGGUGCCAACACCUCCAUACAGUGUUAAAGAACAGGAGGAGAAAUGCUCUCUGCCGUCUCCUGCUCCUGUCCUCUCCCCAACACCUUUUGACGGCCGUAGCCGCAGGGAGAGAAUCUUUUCCCUGGAUGGGGCUGAAGAUCAGGGCUGCAGGCUGCCCAGCAAACUCCAACGCAUGAGCUCCAGGAACGGGAAAGAGGCCCUGAAAAUGGGCGGCGGGCAACCCGCUGAAAAAGCCUCCAGCACGGGCGACCUGCCCCUCCGCGUCCAGCGUCUGGGCUCCUUAGCAGGGCAGGGGGAGGCCGAGGAUCAGCUCCAGCUCAAGUGUCUCAACGUAGCCACGGAGCCCCUCACCCAGUCAGCAGGGGAGCUGGAGUACCGCAGACUGGCUCCAGUUCACGUCCCGGUGCCAGGUCCUAACCUGAACCCGCUGCCCGCCUCAGGGAGCCGGCCCGAGGACAACCUCCCGGCCAAACUGCGCAGAAUGAAUGCAGAUCGCUGA